AAAGAGAGAGAGAGAGAGAGAGAGAGAGGAAGAGAGAGAGAGGAAGAGAGAAAAACACGAAAAUCCUUGAAGGCUUGAAGGGGAUCUUUCCCUCUCGAGUUAAACGUUUACGUUGGUGAUGUCGGAAAAGGUUUAUCAGGCUGAUAAUACCGUGAUCAUAUCGUGAUGUAAACAAGUUCGCCAACCUGCCAGUCGCGUUAAAUGCUCCGUAGAGUAGAAGUGUCGCGAAGUCACACAAUCGUGAGAGAAACCGAACGGAAUUAUUCGUAGAUGGUAGACGUGGGGAUGGCAGCGAAGAACAACAGCGACGAACGGUCGCAUCCACGAUGUAUGAAAUUACCACCUGCUGUCGAGGUGUUCGCCAAUUUGAAGAAUGCGCAAACCUUCGCCAUAGACAUUGGUACGUCGUCGACCGGAUAUCUUCCUGAGACUGGGAUUACUAAUUACUUAUUAGUCCCUCACGCGGUUCCUGAUCCCUCGAGAGGUUAACAUGACCGUUACAUGAGAUCAAGAUUGUCGUUAACCAAAAUUGCCUAUUACUCAACAGUAAGUUAUCGCAAAGCACUUUAUGAGGAUGCAGAAGGUUUAGGGAACAGUGGAGAACUAGCAUACAAAGUAUUCGAGGGUAAUAGACUGCAUUUUGUUAAGUUUGAGACAAGAUAUAUCGAGAACUGCUUAAACUUUGUCAAACAGAAUUUAGUGGAUGUUGAACGAUUUCAUGGGAAAAGUAUUAAAGUUACUGGUGGUGGAGCAUUCAAAUAUACCCCAUUGCUGCAAGACAAAUUAGGAUUAUUAGUUGACAAGAAAGACGAGAUAGACUGUCUGAUAAAGGGUUGUAAUUUCUUACUUAAAAAUAUACCAUGUGAAGCAUUUGAAUAUCACCGACAUGCGAAUCCAGAAUAUAAGUUUCAAAAAGCUGGACCUAACAUAUUUCCAUAUUUGUUGGUUAAUGUUGGCAGUGGCGUCAGUAUUCUUAAAGUAGAAUCAGAUGAAGUAUUUGAAAGAGUCGGAGGUACAGCCACGGGAGGGGGUACAUUUUGGGGAUUGGGAUCGUUACUUACAAAAAGAAAGGACUUUGAUGAAUUGCUGCAACUUGCAGAACGAGGAGAUCACCGUAAUGUAGAUAUGUUAGUGAAAGAUAUUUAUGGGGGCGAUUAUUCCUCCCAAGGUUUACCUGGAGAGCUUAUUGCAUCAUCUUUUGGCAAAGCGGUGGCUUGCGGACAGCCAAAAUUUUCUGAAGCUGAUCUUGCAAGAAGCUUACUGUUCACCAUUAGCAAUGAUAUUGGACACAUAGCUAGUUUGUAUGCAACUGUUUACAACAUGGACAGGGUUUACUUUGGUGGUUAUUUCCUUCGUAACCAUCCACUAUCAAUGCAUACCAUCUCAUAUUCUAUCAAAUAUUGGUCUCGUGAUAGGGUAACGCCUCUCUUUCUUCGCCAUGAAGGUUACCUUGGUGCGAUUGGAGCAUAUUUAUACAGCACCGAACAGAAAGACAAAUGCAGCUGGUUAGAAAAUUAUGCCGGGUCAUCGAGUUUUAAAGAUUCCGUAUCAACCGACCUCGGAAUUAAAGUCGAUCAAUUAGAAAUCGAUCAAGCGGAAUAUGCUGUUACAUUCUGUCCGCUAUUGGAAGAUCCCGCAACUUAUAUUCCUGACACUACAGACCUCGCUCAGGAUAAAGAAGCAAGAGAUUAUUGGCUGCAAUGUUUUGAAGAAUCUGUGGAUAAAUUUGUGUCGAGAGCUAUUCAUAGUCAACCAUUUAGUCCAACGGCAAAAGACAGAGGAUCGAAAUUAAAAGAGAAAUACAUAAACAGAUUACACUAUCUUCACGCACAACCAUUUGCAUAUGGGGCACUUACGGUUAGAAUAUUAUUGGACACCAUCGAGCAUUGCAUGAAAGAAUUCGAUUUUCCAGAUCCGUAUCUACAUCAAAAAAGAAAGGAGAACGAAGAAGCUUUAAGACACCUACAUGAACGUAUAAUUGUUAUAGACAAGUUAGAAGAUGUAGAAAAGAUAAAGGCUUUGAUUCUUGGCGUUCUCAGUGGCAAUAUAUUUGAUUGGGGUGCAAAAGAUGUUGCAAAGCUAUUGGAAACUAAUGAUUUUGGCUUUGAAGAAGCUCAAGCGAAAAUUCCAGGCAGACCAUGGCUAGAGGAUAAUUUAGAUGAUUGGAUACACAGAUUACAGAAUGGACCAGUUCACAAAUGUGCAGCUAUCUUUGUUGAUAAUAGUGGUGUAGAUAUAAUUCUUGGAAUUCUGCCAUUUGCACGAGAUUUGUUGCAACGAGGAACUAAAGUAAUAUUGUGUGCUAAUUCUAUGCCAGCUUUGAAUGAUGUAACGUAUCCUGAAUUGGUCGUCACAUUGCGAGACGCUGCGAAAAUUUGUAAUGUUAUCAGACAAGCGCUGGAAGACAAUACUCUCAUUGCUAUGGAAACUGCACAAGCAGGUCCCUGUUUGGAUUUCAGUCGUCUCAAUUUGGAUCUAUGUCUUGCAAUGGUCGAGCAUAAUGUAGAUCUUAUAGUCAUCGAGGGAAUGGGUAGAACUUUACACACGAAUUUUAAUGCUAAAAUGAAGUGCGAAUGUCUGAAAUUGGCGAUCAUAAAGAAUCGAUGGCUGGCACUUCGUUUAGGUGGCGAUAUGUAUGCUGUGAUAUGCAAAUACGAGCAAUCAUCAUCGAAAACCAAGAUUUAUGAUAUUGAAAUAAAACCAGAAGCGAUAAAAGACGGUUGCCCGUCAAAAUGUACAGGAGAGACAACAGAACUUCAUAAAUGCGACAAUUCUAGUGAUAGGAAUACAAGUAAAAUAUCAGUAUAAAACAAGCAAUGCGAUUAUUUCUGUAUAGACCAAAUAAUAUAAUCACGAAAUAAAAAGGAGA